CCAAGUUUUUUACUUUAAUGAGAAUUUCUCUUAUUAAUUUAUUAAUUAUUAAAAUCUAUAGGCUCCAGCCGAGGUCAUCUCCAGUGAAGUGCUGAAUGCCAGUAACAUUCACUUUCAAUUACCAGCUCGCAGUACCCUGAAAAAGAAACUCAAAGUAAAAAAAAUUUCAGAAUUUGUGCUUAGCGUUGGACGGAAAAGGAACCGUCAUGCGGAGCUCAAGCAUCAUUAAUUGUCUUCAGUUUUCUGCUCUGGUGGGAGUGCUGCUCGCGACCAAGACGUGGAUUGUCGGUGCCUCUGUCGUUGCGAUCGCCCCUGAGCCUAACAAGACGAGCGACUCUUACCUGAAGGGCGGCUCUCUCCUGAAUGCUGGAAGCUCCAGCCAGAAAUUACGUGACUCCAGCGGAAGAGAUGGAGAUGUCUUUAAGCGAGGAGAAAAUUACGUCAAAAAAAUUGAUGACUCUCGCUUGAAAACCCACGACCGCCACCCAAAGUCCGAUGAUUCUCAUUUCAAUUUUAACGGCUACUCUUCAAAGACAAAUGAAUAUUUCUGGAAUAAAAGUGAAGAUCCUAACAAUUUCUACAACUACCACCUAAAGACAGAAGACUCCAGUCCAAAAAGUCCACGCAUACAACUCAGGUCUCACGAAUCACGUGUCAACUCUCACGAAUCUGGAGUCCGCAAGUAUGCUAUUAACUUCCCCGAUUACUUACCAAGUGCGGACCAUCCCCGGCAACAUGUCCACAACCCGCAUUAUGACGACAAACGCUCUAAGACCUAUGCUACCCAUCUGAACUCGGAAGAAUCUUAUAUUAUUUCACAUAACCCACGUCCUGACGACUCCCUCCUGGUAGAGGACGACUCCUCCACGGCGGGGAAAGGUCGGAUGAAGGAAGCCCACAUCCAUAAGUUCCAUCCGCCUCGCAUGGGGAGGACCAAGCCCAGGGUCGUGGUGCACGAGGGAUACACGGCACGACUUCCCUGCACCGUGCACCACCUCGGCGACAGAUCGGUCACGUGGAUGCGUCGACGUGACCUGCACAUCCUGACGGCAGGCCAACUCACGUACUCGGCUGAUGACAGGUUCCAGGUGUCACACCCAGCGGGAUCGUCUCAGUGGAGCCUCGUGGUUGCCGACGCUCGUACGUCAGACUCUGGCCACUACCACUGCACUGUCAACACUGACCCGCAGAUCUACUCCGUCGUUACACUUAUAGUUACUGCGAAGGAGAACCCAAGCUACCCUCUUGCCAAAGGAAAAGUCUUUGUUGCCAACAACACAGCGUCCACGACAGACGGCAGACUGACAGUGCUGAUACAUGGGCCAAGGGAACUACACAUCGAAGAGGGUUCUUCCCUCACUCUGCGCUGCACCGUCUGGCACACCGGGGCGCUGCCCUCUGUGGUGUACUGGUAUCACGGCAACACCUUGCUUGACUACAACUCUCCCCGAGGUGGAGUUGAACUGAAGGGCGACGAGGCUAAAGGCCAAACCGACGCCACGCUGCGGGUUUGGUCCGUCGGUCCCGGGGACUCCGGCAUGUACUCCUGCGUACCUCAGGGCUCCCACCCCGCCUCUGUACUCGUACACGUACAGAAAGGAGAUCGAGAAGCUGCCAUUCAACAAGGUGGCCUGGACAGUUCUUCUGAAGCCAGUUCCUCCUCGAUGGCUAGUGGCGGCUUGCGCAUCCAUCAUCAGAAUGAGGAACGCAUUUUGCUUCAACUUAUUCAAUUUUUAAUACCAGGAAGAUGGCUCACAUAUCCAAUGCUGCCUAUGAACCUCUUAUGUAUCUUCAAGGACAUUCGGUUAUUUCACUUUCAAUCAUGAGUCAAUCAAUCCUCGUGAUAUUUGUACAGUUAUAAGUAAUAACGUCCCUCGUUUUGCUUGGA